GGGCUAUUUAAAGGACCUGGAAGGAGCAGAGGGAGUGAGGCUGAUCAUGGCCACUUCUGAGCUGAGCUGCCAGGUGUCUGAGCAGAACUGUGAGCGCCGGGAGGCCUUCUGGGCUGAAUGGAAGGAUCUGACACUGUCCACGCGGCCUGAGGAGGGGUGCUCCCUGCAUGAGGAGGAUGCCCGGAGGCAUGAGACCUACCACCGGCAGGGCCAGUGCCAGGCGCUGGUGCAGCAGUCCCCCUGGCUGGUGAUGCGCAUGGGCAUCCUGGGCCAAGGGCUGCAGGAAUACCUGCUGCCUUACCAGCGGGUGCUGCCGCUGCCCAUCUUCACCCCCACCAAGGUGGGCGCCGCCAAGGAGGAGCGCGAGGACACCCCCAUCCAGCUGCGGGAGCUGCUGGCACUGGAGACAGCCCUGAGUGGCCAGUGCACGGAGCGGCAGGACAUGGCGGAGAUCACCAAGCAGUUGCCCCCUGUGGUGCCUGUCAGCAAGCCAGGCACCCUUCGUCGCUCUCUGUCCCGCUCCAUGUCCCAGGACGCACAGAGAGGCUGAGAGGGACUGUGUCUCCCUCUUCACUGGGCUGGGCCCUUCCUGGCUAGGACCAUGGAGGGGAGCUGCUGGCCUUGGAUGCUUUGUAGUUUGCCCAAAGUUGGGGGCUAGGAGAGGAGGGAGCCAGAGGCCAGGAUGCCUGGUUCCCCUGAGUUCCCAAAGGGAGGGGAGCAAGGACAGUGGGCACGAAGUGUUGAGAGCUGGGGCCAGCACCGCUGAACAGCCCCAGCCCAGGAGAAGGGACGAAAGAUGGUGAGGAGGGAAAGAGGUGCCUGAGAGGGGCGACCCAGCUUCAGAGGACAAGGGCGAGUGUAAGGAGGUGGGAAAUGCCCGGGAAAGGCUUGGAGAAGACCAGAGGGAGGGGGAUGUGAAGAGGGCAGAGGCGGUGCAGCCCCCAGCACCCUCUGUUAGCGCUGCAAUAAAUGCUCAAUCGUG